CCCGCCUGCCGCUCCCGUUACCUGGGCAACCGUGGCGCCUCCUCCGUGAGGGCCUCGACCGUCUCUCCGCGCCAUUUUCAAACUGCUCUAACGCUGGAGCCGGUGGCCCGAGCGGAAGGAGCCAGCGAGGGAGACGAGUGCAGAAGGAGAUGCGGCCGCAGGUGGAGGACGCGGAGGCCGGAGCUGAGGAACUUUAACUUUUAGAAGUGAAUAAAACUGGUUUUGGAAGACAAGAUGACUACAACUGCAGAAAGAAAGUAUAUUAAUAUUAGAAAAAGAUUGGAUCAGUUGGGAUACCGCCAGACUCUGACAUUGGAGUGUUUACCAUUGGUGGAAAAACUUUUCAGUGACUUAGUUCAUACAACAGAAAGCCUUCGACAAUCAAAAUUAUCUACUGUGAAAGCUGAAAAGGAAAGUGCCAAUUUUGAUUUUGUAUUGGAACCCUAUAAACUUGAAAAUGCAAGAUUGAGUAGGGAAAAUAAUGAAUUAUACCUGGAAUUAAUGAAACAGAGAGAGUACUCAGACCAACACAUUAAAGAGUUGAAAACUACUUUGAAAAAGUGUGCACGUGAAACCGCUGAUCUGAAAUUUCUAAAUAACCAAUAUGUUCAUAAACUCAGACUUUUGGAGAAAGAAAGCAAAGCUAAGAAUGAAAAAAUUCAGCAACUUCAAGAAAAGAAUUUGCAUGCUGUAGUACAAACUCCGGGUGGCAAGAAAAGAAGCAUUGCUUUCAGGCGCCAGCGUAUGCAAAUAGAUGAACCGGUUCCUCCUUCUGAAGUUAGUGGUUAUCCAGUUCCACAGCCAGAUGACCCUUACAUUGCAGACCUCCUGGAAGUGGCUGAUAAUAGGAUUCAAGAGCUUCAGCAGGAAGUCCACCAUCUACAAGAAAAGUUAGCAAUGAUGGAAAAUGGCAUAAAAGAUUACAGCAAGCAGAUUGAGCUAAGAGAACGAGAAAUAGAAAGACUGUCAGGUACUUUGGAUGGUGGUCGCUCCCCUGAUGUCCUGUCUCUGGAGAAUAGAAAUAAAACCAAUGAAAAGCUUAUUGCUCAUUUAAAUAUUCAGGUUGACUUUCUUCAGCAAGCUAAUAAAGACCUGGAGAAGCAUAUUCAAGAGCUUAUGAAAACCAAGGAAACAGUGACGACUGAAGUUGUUAAUUUAAGUAACAAAAAUGAAAAACUCUGCCAAGAAUUAACUGAAAUAGACCAGUUAGCACAGCAGUUGGAAAGACAUAAAGAAGAAGUACUUGAGACUGCUGAUAAAGAACUUGGGGAAGCAAAGAAAGAGAUUAAAAGAAACCUCUCUGAAAUGCGGAAUCUUGAGGAAACAAUGGCAAAACUUCAACUGGAAUUAAGUUUAUGCCAUAAAGAAAAGGAGAGACUAAAUGAUGAACUUCUUCUGAAAUCAGACCUAGAAACUGUUGUACAUCAGCUUGAACAAGAAAAGCAAAGACUUAGCAAAAAAAUGGAAGGUUUUGCAGCUAUAGAAAAAGAACUUACUUUGGAAGUUGAAAGGAUGAGGCUAGAACAUGGAAUAAAACGUCGAGACAGGUCACCUUCUCGUUUAGAUACAUUUCUGAAAGGUAUAGAAGAAGAACGAGAUUAUUAUAAGAAAGAACUAGAAAGACUCCAACAUAUAAUACAACGAAGAUCUUGCUCUACAAAUCAUUGCGCACGUGAAAAACAUUCAAUAUUUAAAACACUAGAAAAGGGUGAUUAUAAUUCAGAUAUUCAUCUGAUUGCAAGAGAAAGAGAUGAACUUCAGCGUAUGCUAGAAAGAUUUGAAAAAUAUAUGGAAGAUAUACAGUCCAAUGUUAAAUUAUUGACAGCAGAAAGAGAUAAACUAAGUGUCUUAUAUAAUAAAGCUCAAGAAGAAUUAUCUGCACUAAAACAGGAAUCCACUCAAAGCACAGGGCCAAAUUAUCUCCUUAGUCUUAUGGAAAAGGAAAAAGAACUUGCAUUAUCUGACUUAAGAAGAAUUAUGGAAGAAAAGGAAGCUUUAAAAGAAAAAUUAAAAAAUAUCCAGGACAUGAAUGUUUUUGGCAAAACAGAAUUAGAGAAAACUAUUGAACAUUUGACAUGUGUUAAUCAUCAGCUUGAAAGUGAAAAAUGUGAAUUACAAUUGAAAGUGUUCCUAAUGAAAGAAAAAAUAGAGUCAUUAGAGAACAAAUCAAAAUUUCAAGCUCAACAAAUAAGCCAAAUUGGCCAUGUGCCUGGUGACUCAUCUCAUCAGAAAACAGAGAUGAAUUCCCUUAGGAUAGUAAAUGACCAGCUACAGCGGUCACUUGAUGAGUAUCAGCGCCGACUUUCCUUAAAAAGAGGUGAACUUGAAUCAGCCCAAGAACAAAUUAAAAUACUGGAGGGAAAAAUAAAUGAACUAAACCUUAAGAUGACUUCACAGAAUGAGGCAGCUCAUGUAAUGAAACAGACCAUUGGUGUUAUUGAUAAAGAAAAAGACUUUCUUCAGGAGACUGUAGACGAGAAGACAGAAAAGCUUGCAGACUUGCAAGAAAACCUAGAAAAUAAAGAGAAAGCUAUUGCUCAGAUGAAGAAAACUAUCUCAGAGUAUGAAUUAUCCAAGAACCAGCUAAAGGAAGCAUUGACUAAUCGAGAAAGGGAGAUAAGCAGCCUUCGACGCCAGGUUGAUGCAUGUCACAAAGAACUUGACGAAGUGGGAAGAGCUAGAGAAAUAGCUUUUAAGGAAAACAGACGAUUGCAAGAUGAUCUGAGUACAAUGGCAAGAGAAAACCAAGCAAUCUCAUUGGAAUUGGAAGCAGCAAUGCAAGAAAAGGAAGAAAUGAAGAGUAGAGUGCAUAAUUAUAUAACUGAGGUGUCACGAUGUGAGAGUUUAAUGGCUGCUAAGGAACAAGAAAAUCAAGAUUUGUUAGAUAGAUUUCAGAUGCUUCAUAGCCGUGCUGAAGACUGGGAAGUCAAAGCCCAUCAAGCAGAAGGAGAAAGCAGCUCAGUUCGACUAGAACUUCUCUCUAUUGAUACAGAAAGGAGACACCUUCGAGAAAGAGUCGAGCUACUAGAAAAAGAAAUUCAGGAGCACGUAAAUGCACAUCAUGCUUAUGAAUCUCAAAUCUCAUCAAUGGCAAAAGCCAUGUCUAGAUUAGAAGACGAGCUGAGACAUCAAGAAAAUGAGAAAGCAGCAGUAUUAAGUGACUUGUCUUCUCUUAGGGAACUUUGCAUUAAACUUGAUUCAGGCAAAGAUGUUAUGACCCAACAAUUGAAUUCCAAAAGCCUUGACUUGGAGAGGGCUGUGGUAGAAUUAGAAAAUAUGAAGUCAGAAUCAGAGCUGUUAAAAAAACAACUGUCAAGUGAGAGACACACGAUUAAAAACCUUGAAUCAUUGUUGGCUACAAAUAGAGAUAAAGAAUUUCAUACUCAUUUAACCUCCCACGAGAAGGAUACAGAAAUUCAGCUACUUAAGGAGAAGUUAACCCUUUCAGAAAGCAAAGUAACUAGUCAAAGCCGGGAAAAUGCCAUGCUCCGAUCUAAAGUGACACAAUUACAAACAGAUUAUGAUACUAUGAAAAGGCAGAUUUCAACUGAAAGAUAUGAACGAGAACGAGCAGUCCAAGAGAUGCGUCGACAUGGUCUUCCUACACCACCCCUUAGUUCUACUCUGAAGUCUCCUUUACAGUCUCCUGAACAUAUAAGUGUAUAGUUACUAGAAAAAAUAAUGAUUUUCCAUGAGUUUCUUUAUGGAUAUUUAAAAGAACACAACAGUAAUGAAAUAUUUGAAGUACUUGUUCCUGAAAAUCAUGAGCAUUGACACAAAUUCUACCUCUGGCAACUUUUAUUUAAAUCAUUGAAUAUUUAUGUAAAAAGUUUGGUUGAAAAGAACUCUAUGUAUAUUUUCAUAUGUAUGACAAAACAAAAUAUGUAUUAAUAGUGCUUAACUGAUGUGAUAUGUAUAUUUUUAUUAUUCCUGACUUAAAUUACUCCUUAAAAUGUGUUUGUACUGUGACUUAAUAUAAUGUAUUGUGCACAUUAUGCUUUAAUAAUCUAUUUCUAAAUGAGCCAUGAUAUAUGUGUGUAAAUAUUUUACAGUACUUAUUUUUAAAGUGUUUUUAGUUUUCAUGCCUCUGUUUAUAACCAAUACCUUAAUCUACUCACAAAGAAUUAUCAUUUUGAUUCUGUGCUGUCAAGCUUUUUCCUUCUGAAUGUAAAAUUAAUUAUUCACAGAUUUGCUGUCAUCAAGGGGAAUAUAUUCAAGUCUAGUCUUAAUAUCAGAGGUCUUGAUAAAAUAAUUACCAUGUGUCAUUAAUUAUUGCCAACCAUAAGAAUUGUGAUGGGAAAUAUAAAUUUGUAUAUUAUAUACAAUAUUGAAUUAUUUUGAUUGUCACAUGGGCUCUUCAUAUAAUGUAGAUUCUAUCAAAAUCAAGCUAAAAGCUAUAUUCAGAAUUUUGUAAAACAAUAGAACAGAAAUUUGGAACUUUUUUCCAGUGUAUAAAAUUCCUUGGUAUGUUAGCCUAAAAUUUCAGAAUAUAAAAGUAAGUACAGUAAAAUAUUUUGUUAAACUUCCAAUAUGUAUUCAAUGAUAUUAAUUUUUGUUUCUAAUCUUGAUGUUGUAACUUACCAGUCUUCCAGAAUAGUAUAUAAACACGACCCUUUGGCAUAGAAAUUGAAACAGCUUUUUACAAUUCAUUUUCAAGGUUGUAAUUUAAAGGAAUUUAGGUAUAUGCAUAUGUUAAUUAAAAAAAUACAAAAUAGAAUGUCAGAUACAAAAAUGAAUCGUGUUUAAACUGUACACAUCUGAAUAAAAUCCUGUUCUAGCAGAUUUCAUUAUGAUUGAAAAAGAACAUAAAAACUAAUGAAAGGAAAAUGAAAAAUCA